AUGAAUCCACCAUCCUCUACACCGCAAGAUGAAGCAACUACAUCAACAACUAUCGAAAACCCAAUGAGUCAUAUACCCAAGCAUGAUGCAGCUCCAUGUGCAUGCGGCUGGGUUCCCGAACGCCUCAAAGAGUUCAUGCACCAUCAACAUAAUCAGAGAAGACUAACAAUGGAUGCAUUUGUGAUGGAAACUGAAGAGCAAGGAGCAACGUCUAUGUCAUCAAUGCCAACAUACCAAGAUCCCGAUGAUUCAACAUACGCACCGCCAUUGGUUCAAGAAGAUAUGGAUAGAAGCACAAGUUCACAAUACACAGAGAGAUGCGAUUGUUUUAACUUUGCCUUGAGCACGAUGGUUCGUGGGGCCAAAGCUGAUGCGAAACCCCGAGGCCGUAUGACAGCGUACGCAUUCUUUGUACAAACAUGCCGAGAGGAGCACAAGAAGAAGCAUCCCGAUGAGACAGUGAUCUUUGCUGAAUUCUCCCGAAAGUGCGCUGAGCGAUGGAAG